AUGCCGCCGGCUCGGGACACCUCAUCAGCAUUCCUCUCCCCAACCAAUUUCGAUGACGACGCUUCGAGUAUCCACAGCGAGCGUAGUGACCAAGAUACUGACAGCGAAGAUGAUGAAGUCCUGAUGGGGGCGCGCACGAGCGCAGAUAUCCGCGAGCACGACCGGAGCGUACUGAUCGAGGAGGAGGAGCGUGAUAGGUUGCUGGAAGAGAGCUUGAAACGCGGCCGUAGAGGAAGCGCCAUAUCAUUGCCAGGACCCUUGAAGAAGUUAUUUACGAAAAGUUAUACCGAGUUGCCUGGAGUAGACGCAGGCAUCGAGAUGGGAGAAGGAAAAGAGGAUAGGGGUGAUAGAAGGGAAGGGCGGAGACGGCGGAAAGAUAGGAGGUCCAAGAAACGAGGGAAGUUGAUGAGUGAAGCGCAUGAUGGCGAGGACGGAGGGUUGAUGUACGAGAUGGAGGAAGGUGGCCUGAAGGAAGGUAGUUCGACUGGAAGCAGCAGCGAGGCGGAAGGUAGCGACGAGAUUGAUCGGCGAGGGUUACGUGGUCUACAGGAUGAGAAAGUACAAAGGAGGCGGAAGUGGAGAAAGUGGUGUUUUAUACACCUAUUAAUCGCCAUUGGGUUCUCGAUACUUGUUCUAUUGGCAUGGAAGCUGUCGCUGAAUCGGAAAGGCAUGAAGAUGGAUCAGAAGAUGCUGAGCAAUGGAACGGCAUUGUUUGCGCCCACCACGAUUUUGAUAAGUUUGGAUGGAUUCAGAGCCGACUUCUUGCGGCGAGGCAUCACACCGACACUUAACGCCUUUGUGAAAGAAGGUGUUUCGCCAGUUUAUAUGUCGCCGAGCUUCCCUUCCGUCACUUUCCCGAAUCACUAUACCUUAGUCACCGGACUGUAUCCCGAAUCGCAUGGUAUUGUCGGAAACACUUUUUGGGAUGACGAGCUUCAGGAAGAAUUCUUUUACACAAACCCGCUAGCCAUGCUACCAAAAUGGUGGGGUGGUGAGCCCCUUUGGGUCACAGCAGAAAACCAAGGGAUCCGAACUGCCAUUCAUAUGUGGCCGGGCAGCGAGGCUCAUAUUAUGGCAGUGGAGCCGGCUUUUCUGGACAAGUAUAACGGCAAAGAGUUAUUAGCAAGGAAGGUUGAUCGCGUCCUUGAGCUGCUGGAUAAACCAGGCCAAGAGAACAAAUUGGCCGAAGUAGUUGACAUGAGACCUCAACUCAUCGCAGCGUAUGUCCCCAACGUGGAUCAGGAUGGUCACCUAUAUGGUCCGAACAGCACGGAAAUUAACACGACGAUCAACAAUGUCGACAGCAUGCUCGCUCAACUUUUUGAAGGGCUAAAUACCAGGAAUCUGACAAACAUUGUCAACGUAGUUGUCGUUUCUGAUCAUGGAAUGGCAACGACAGACACAGAUCGCUUGAUCCAGCUAGAGGACAUCAUCGACACAAGCCUGAUAGAGCAUAUGGAUGGAUGGCCCCUAUAUGGUCUUCGUCCAAAAAAUUCUUCGCAACUACAACAGCUAUAUGAUACCCUAAAAGAUGCCCCAAAUAAUCCGAACUUUGAUGUCUAUCUCCGCGAUAAAGACAUGCCUGAACGCUACCAUUUCUCAAACAACCAUCGUAUUGCGCCGUUAUGGGUUAUUCCCAAGACAGGCUGGGCUAUCGUCACCAAAGCCGAGUUUGAUGUGGCAGACGCAAAGGAGAAGAGUAUCGUCUACCACCCUAGGGGCCUGCAUGGCUAUGAUCACGAACACCCAUUAAUGAGAGCUCUCUUCGUAGCUAGAGGCCCAGCCUUCCCGCACGAGCCAAACAGCCGUGUAGAGCCAUUUCAAAAUACCGAGGUCUACAAUAUCAUCUGCGAUUCUCUGAAUAUCGUACCGAAACCCAAUAACGGGACUCUUCGGCUGCCACUCAAGACAGUCGGUCUCCAUUCUCCUGAAACGACGCUAGAGGAACCCAAUGACCCUCCAUCUCAGCCUGCUUCUGCAUCCCAAGUUUCUCCACCUUCAACCGCCACGUCCUCCGAUGCUGGCGCCGAUGCAGUUAUUACCGUCUCACCAGUCGAGGCAAGCUCUGCUGCAGACUCUGAUGCGGCCCCACCGCAAAAGAUAGGUGUAGAUCCUCCCGCAGAUCCAAGCACUAUAGUAGGGGGUGAGAAGGAGAUGACGCAAGAAGAGAAAGACUUCUGGGAUUGGUUCUCGGGAAAAGUUGAUCAGGUGAAAGAGUGGUGGGGGGGUCUGUCAAGCAGUGGGAAAGGGAAAGAAGAAGGUGGAAAUGGAAGGUAA